AUAGCUGUGUAUAUUUACUACUUUUUUUGUGGAAAGCCAGAGGGUAGAAGAAUGGAUGGUUAUAUUUCUUAAAAACAAAAAACUUUUUCAUUGGUUGAGCUCAGUCUUUGUACGUAAAGUAUGUUCUGCUGGUAUGUGUGUGGCGCUGAGUGGUUUUUUUUUCCGCGACCUUGAAAAGGUUUAAGCAGUUAAAUAUGAGUAAAAUAGUUUUUGCUGUUGUACUUGAACUGUUCAACAAAACGUGUUUACCGCUGUUUGUCAUCUUCAGGAUGCAUUAGACAUAUUUAACUGUGGACAGGUCUGGAUGGUAAAUGUUCGUAGACCUUUAAUAUUUAAAUAAAAAGAGAGUUAGGGUCCUCAAUAAACCUGUCCAGGAGCUACAACUUGCCUGUGAACCAAAUUUUGGAGAUUACGUAAUGCUGUAUUACAUUUAUACGCCGAUGUUCUUUUACUUCUAUAGUCUGGAUUUAUGUAAGUUGCUUAUUAUUUGAGAAAUCUUUAUAUAAAUGUUCAAUUUAAAGAAAAUCCAUUAGAGGAAACGACGUCAGCAAAAGGUCACGCCCCUCUUCUGUUGCCUAGCGACAGAGGAAGCGUCACAAUCAUCGUCUCUUUACUCAACUAAGACCAUUUCUUUUCGUUUUUCCUUCUAACGACACGAUGGAGGUGACGAUGGACCCCCUGUUUCUGGCCUGGAGCUAUUUCAGGAGACGGAAACUUCAACAAUGCUCAGACAUAUGCACAAAAAUACUACAGGAAAACCCUUACGACCAGGCUGCCUGGAGUUUGAAAACACGCGCCAUGUCAGAGAUGGUGUACAUAGAUGAAGUUGAGGUGGAUGAGGAAGGGAUUGCUGAGAUGAUGCUGGAUGAGAGCUCCAUUGCUCAAGUAGCGCGUCCUGGAACAUCACUGAGACUCCCUGGAACAAGUCAGGGUGGGGGGCCCACACCAGCCAUCAGGCCAAUGACACAGUCAGGGCGUCCCAUCACUGGAUUUGUGAGACCUAGCACACAGUCAGGACGGCCGGGGACAAUGGAGCAGGCCAUCAAAACUCCCCGCACUGCAAGCACUGCUCGGCCUGUCACAAGUGCCUCUGGUAGAUUCAUCCGAUUGGGCACGGCUUCAAUGAUAACCAAUCCAGACGGACCUUUUAUCAAUUUGUCAAGGCUGAACCUUGCCAAAUAUUCCCAAAAACCAAACAUGUCCAGGACACUGUUUGAGUACAUCUUUCAUCAUGAAAAUGAUGUGAAAAAUGCUCUAGAUUUGGCUGCUCAGGCUACUGAGCAUGCUCAGUUCAAAGACUGGUGGUGGAAAGUUCAACUAGGGAAAUGUUACUACAGGCUGGGUUUGUACCGAGAAGCAGAAAAACAGUUUCGAUCUGCUCUCAAUCAUCAAGAGGUGGUGGAUACGUACUUGUACCUGGCCAAGGUUUACCAACGCAUUGAUCAACCGGUUACAGCACUCAACCUUUUCAAGCAAGGUCUGGACCACUUCCCUGGUGAAGUCACACUUCUGACAGGAAUCGCUCGGAUACACGAGGAGAUGAACAACAUUUCGUCAGCCACGGAGUACUACAAAGACGUCCUGAAGCAGGACAACACACACGUGGAGGCCAUAGCCUGUAUCGGUAGCAAUCACUUCUAUACGGAUCAGCCGGAGAUCGCCCUGCGGUUUUACAGGCGGCUGCUCCAGAUGGGGGUGUACAACUGCCAGCUGUACAACAACCUGGGCCUGUGCUGCUUCUACGCUCAGCAGUACGACAUGACUCUGUCCUCGUUUGAGAGAGCUCUGGCUUUGGCCGGUAACGAUGAAGAGCAGGCGGACGUUUGGUACAACAUAGGACACGUAGCUGUGGGCAUAGGCGACUUGACAAUGGCUUACCAGUGUUUCAAACUGGCUUUGGCUUUUAAUAAUGACCACGCUGAGGCUUACAACAACCUGGCUGUGCUGGAGCUGCGUAAAGGGCGUAUUGAUCAGUCUAAAGCCUUUCUUCAGACCGCUGCAUCGUUGGCCCCUCACAUGUACGAGCCCCACUUCAAUCUUUCUAUUCUCUCUGAAAAGAUUGGAGACCUUCAGAGCAGCUACACUGCAGCUCAGAAGUCAGAGAAUGCCUUUCCGGAGCACGUCGACACGCAGCAGCUUCUCAAACAACUUCAGCAGCAUUUCGCAGAGUUGUGAGGAGGCGAGUGAGAGGAGAAUGUGA